GCGGGUGUCAAAGGAAGGGGUGUAUCAGUGCCCCUCCUAGGGAAGGAGUGGGAGAAGUGGAGGCUGUUGAUUGGUCGGUAGGCCUAAGGCAGGCACCGCCCACCAAGACCCGCCCUGCCACAUCAGUUCACUCUCAGACCUCACUCAGUCAUGAUCUCUAUGAACGAUCCUACUGUCGGGAUGUUACCGUUCGAUGGUAUUGGCCUCUAUGAGCAGCCCAAGACGAGGUUCAUCUUCAAGAUGCCAAGGGUAGUGCCCGACCAGAAAGCCAAAUUCGAAUCGGAUGAGCUCUUCAGACGUCUGUCAAGGGAGUCGGAGCUAUUUUAUUAUAAGUCCAAACGAAAUGGGGGAAGCCUCCCUCUCCCCCCUGCCUCCUUCCUCAACUUGGUUACGCCGAUACUCUUACGUAUCUAA